AAGCAAAUUACGAACGAAAAAUAAAUAAUGAAAUGUAAGUGAAUGACAAACAAACAAGUGAUGAAAAAUCACACCUCUCUAUAAAAUUUGGUGAUCAAAAAUAUCUUUUUUUGGUGAUCAUUUGUAUCUAAAGAUAUUUGGUUAUCAAAAGUAUCUUUUUUUGGUGAUCAUUUGUAUCUAAAAAUGUUUGGUGAUCAAAAGUAUCUCUUUUUGGUUAUCAAAAAUACAAUUAUUCAAAAGCUAUUCGACGAAUAAUUGUUCGACGAAAAUGUUUUUGGCAUUCGACGAAAAGUUCAUUCGACGAAAUUUCAUUUGACCAAUGGCUCCCAACUCGUAGGUGUGGGUAUAGAUGCUGUUUAAAGACGAACACAGCCACACCCACACUCACAGCCACACCACACUCACACCCCACACCCAUACCCACCCACACCCACACCCACACCCACCCACACACAUACACACACCCCCGACUCUAUGACAGUCUCCUCUAAUGAUCCGAAUAUGGCGAAGAUUGUAAACUUAAGUUAAAAUUAAGAGUGCAUUGUGAAAGUGAUCCAUUUUACAUUAAGAUAAGAGUAUUGAUCAAGACUAAUCUUUUACGAACGUACUUGUAUGACGAGAAUGGAGAGCAUAUGGAAGAGAGUCGAAAAUUUUUUUGGAUUCAGAAUCAAUAUCUGCAAUGUCUCUUCACAGUCAUGUUGAAUCUUGUGUCGAUAACAAUAGGGAUGCACAGAAGAAGAAGCAACUUUCAAAACCGUCUCUUCUGUAUUUUCUUUCACUUUUCUAUUCAUUUCUAUGUAUGGGAAUGGGUACGGGUUUAAUAGGGCCAACUAUACUCAAAUUAUGUGAACAAACAAAUUCGACACUCGAUCAACUUGGCUAUGUUGUUUUUAUACGUGCAUUCGGAUUUCUUAGUGGAACUGCACUUGCUGGCAUAAUUGUGGAUCAUUUUGUUUUAUUAGGUCUGUUAUGUCAGGAGAUGUCUCUCCUGACAUAAGGAAGCUCUACCUAUUCUCUUGUGAUGUCAUCACUGCACAUCAAUGGCAUUCUUACUCUUCGUUCUCAAUGGUAUUCUCACCAUGGAUAAAGAAAGAUAAAGAAUGGAAUAAGAGACAGAGAGAGAAUCACAUUCUUUGCUGCUUUUUGUUUUUUGAUUCAUUCGCUUGUUUGGUUUUGAAAAGAAAGGAAUAAGAAUAAUAAAGAAAACGGGUAAAGGACCCUAACAAGGUCGAACAUUUUUAACAUUAACAAUUUUAAUUAUGUGUUUGGUAAUAUUAAUUAUACCAUUUAUUCAAAAACUGUUUCUUCUCAUUUUUGUACAACUAAUCAGUGGUAUAGCAAGUGGUAUGGUCGAUAACCUGGCACAAAUUCUCACACUACGUCAUUAUAAUCAACAUCAAGUAGGCCGAUAUAUACAAGCUAUUCAUGGUGCAUUCGGUGUUGGGGCAUUUCUUUCACCAUUAAUUAUUGCACCGUUUCUUAAUAAACAUAGAAAAUUUGAUCAAUGGCAUUAUGCCUAUUGGCUUAUUGGAUUUCUGCACAUACCUAAUCUUAUUUGGAUAUUAUUCUAUGCUAUACGUGAUGAAUAUUGUUUGAAAACCAGCACAGAAAUAAAUGUAGCACUAGAACAUGAUAAGCCUCUAUGUGACGAUGAUAAUAACCAACAAUCAAUAAUAAUUAUUAACCCUAAUGAUUCGACAAAACUAUCAUUGUCGUCCAAAAUACGACCAUUCCGAAUUAUCUUAAUUAUUAUUUCAAUUGGAUUUUUCCUUGUAUUACACGAUGGCAGCGAAUCAGCAUUUGGAGCCUAUUUACAUACUUAUGCGAGUCUUCAUUU